AUGGAAACAGUUGUGGACGACGUUGUCAUUAGCGGUAUAGGAUGCAGGUUGCCAGAAUCUGAUAAUUUGGAGGAAUUCUGGCAACAUCUCAUCAACAAAGAUGACAUGGUAACUGAAGAUAACAGAAGAUGGGAACCAGGUAUCCAUGGAUUACCAAGGAAAAGUGGCAAAAUUAAAGAUCUAAGCAGAUUUGAUGCUUCCUUUUUUGGUGUUCAUCCAAAACAAGCAAACACCAUGGACCCGCAGCUGAGAAUACUCAUGGAGUUAACUUACGAAGCAAUAGUGGAUGCAGGUAUUGAUCCCCAGAUAUUGAGAGGCACCAAUACUGGUGUAUUUGUUGGUUCUAACGGCUCGGAAACAUUUGAAGCACUCACCAGUGACGCCGAGGCAUCACUUGGAUACAGCAUGACUGGUUGUUGUCCCGCUAUGUUUGCUAAUAGAAUAUCUUAUUUCUUUGACUUCAAGGGGCCAAGUUAUCUGCUAAAUACAGCAUGCUCAUCCAGUUUACUUGCAAUGGAACAUGCAUUGAGAGCUAUCCGCAGUGGUCAGUGUGAUGCCGCCAUUGUAGCUGGUGUUAAUAUAAAUGUCAAACCCAAUACAUCAGUGCAGUUUAUGAAGCUUGGUAUGCUGUCCCCCGAGGGACAGUGCAAGUCAUUUGACGAACAAGGCAAUGGCUAUUGUAGAUCUGAAGGCUGUGUUUCAAUGCUAAUGAUGAGGUCCUCUAAUGCUAAGAGAGUAUAUUCGACUGUAAUCCACGGUGGAACUAACAAUGACGGAUAUAAAGAACAAGGUGUUACGUUUCCGUCGGGAAAUGAACAGAAAAAACUUAUACACAGAGUUUACAAAGAAGCAGGCAUUGACCCAAAAGAUGUUGCAUAUGUUGAAGCUCAUGGAACAGGUACAAAGGUCGGUGACCCACAAGAAAUCAAUGCUAUUGUUGAUGUCUUUGGUAAAAAUAGAAACAAAGACAACCCUCUACUUGUUGGUUCUGUUAAAUCAAACAUGGGUCACCCGGAACCCGCUGCUGGACUUGCUGCUGUUACCAAAAUAAUUCUAGCCAUGGAAAAGGGAAUCAUUCCACCAAAUCUACAUUUCAAUAAUGCCAACCUUGAUAUACCGGGACUACAUGAUGGUAGAAUUAAAGUAGUAGAUGAACCUAUGGAAUUACCAGAUGGUUUGGUUGGGAUUAAUUCAUUCGGUUUUGGUGGUUCCAAUGUUCAUUUGAUUCUUAAACCAAAUAGCAAAAGAUCGUCACACAUUCCAAAAAGCGAUGUUAGACUGUUACACUGUUGUGCCCGAACUAUGGAGGGUUUGGAUAAUUUACUGUCCCAAGUUGAGGAGUAUGCGAAAAUGCCAGAUUUUGUCUCAUUGAUGAAUAAUAUUUGCAACCAGCCUGCAACAGGAUUUACAUACAGGGGAUACAAGAUUGUAAACAGUGAGAAUAAAAUACAAGAAACACAGCAGAUAAUAAACUAUGAGACUAGACCAAUAUGGUAUAUAUUUUCUGGUAUGGGUACACAAUGGCAAGGCAUGGGUCAAGACUUGAUGAAACUAAACACAUAUAAGGAAUCUAUCUUGAAAUGUACAGAGGCAUUAAAAGACACAAACAUCAAUGUGUAUGAUAUGAUAAUGAACAGUGAUGAAAAUACGUACAAAGACGUGGUCAAAUCAUGUGUAGGAAUUAUAGCAAUUCAGGUCGGUUUGAUAGACCUCCUAAAGUCCAUGGGUGUGGAACCUGAUGGUAUUAUUGGACAUUCAAUUGGCGAGUUAGGUUGCGGUUAUGCUGAUGGCUGCCUUACUGCUGAAGAGACUGUUCUUGCUGCUUACUGGAGAGGCAAGUGUGUGAUUGAUGCUGCACUACCUGCUGGUGGCAUGGCUGCUGUUGGUUUGUCAUGGGAAGAAGCUAAAUUGAUGUGUCCUGAUGACGUGGUUGCUGCAUGUCAUAAUGCAGAAGACACUGUCACAAUAUCAGGACCAAAAUCUAAAGUUGCCGACUUUGUUAGUGAUCUGAAACAGCGAGGCAUAUUUGCUAAAGAAAUAUACAGUUCAAAUGUUGCAUUCCACUCCAACUACAUGACCAAGGUUGCACCAACUUUGAAAAAUGCUUUAACGAAAGUAAUCAAUAACCCUCGUCAGAGAUCAUCACGAUGGAUCUGUUCCUCCAUUCCGCAAGACAAAUGGAACACCAAACUAGCCAAGUAUAGCUCAGCUGACUACCAUGUAAAUAAUCUGGUCAAUCCUGUGUUAUUUAAAGAAGCCUUGUCCCAUAUACCAUCCAAUGCUAUCACAAUUGAAGUUUCCUCACAUUGCCUGCUGCAAGCUGUUCUGAAGCGCUCUCUCAGUCCAAGCAGUGCUAUCAUAGGUCUCAUGAAGCGCAACUAUCAAAACAAUCUUGAAUUUUUCUUGUCUAACAUUGGAAAAUGUUAUCUCAAUGGAAUGACAUUAAACAUCAACAAACUAUUCCCAGAAGUCCCGUAUCCGGUUAUAAGAAAUACGCCAUCCAUCGCUCCAUUGAUUCAUUGGGACCACUCACAGCAAUGGCAUGUCCCGGAAGCCAAAGAUUUCUCUACGGGAAUUGGGCAGAGUAAUGUAGUGGUCUCGUACAUAAUUGAUUCAUCACCAUCAUCAGAAGACCAUUAUCUGCGUGAUCACUGCAUUGAUGGAAGAGUGUUAUACCCAGCCACAGGAUACAUUCUUCUUGUAUGGAAAACUUUGGCUAAAAUACGUGGGUUACCAUAUCAACAUAUUUCAGUGGUCUUUGAAGAUGUCACCAUACAUAGAGCUACAAUUUUGCCAAGUCAAGGAGAAGUGACUCUAGAAGUAUGUAUAGCACCGACUACCGGGAUAUUUGAAGUUUCUGAAAGUCAUCAGUUAUGUGUAUCUGGCAAAAUAGAAAUCCCAGAUGAGCCAUUACAAAUCAUCGAUGCCUUGGAGGACAAAGUAGAUACUGGAUUAUUGGAGUUGUUCGCUAGUGAUGUUUACAAAGAACUCAGGCUUCGAGGAUAUGAUUAUGGAGCAACUUUCCAAGGAAUAGUCCGGGCUGAUAAUUCUGGUAACCAAGGAAUGCUUGCAUGGAAUGGUAACUGGGUAUCGUUUACUGACACCAUGCUACAAAUACAGGUUUUACGACAGCCUGGUAGGUGCCUUAGAUUACCAACAAGAAUUAGAUCAAUCCGAAUAGAUCCUGUUGAACAUCUCAAGAGGGUGAUCUGCGAGCAUGGUGAACAGACUGAAGUGAAGGUGACAGUUGGCACACACACUGCUAGAUGCAUUGCUGGUGGUAUAGAGAUAUAUGGUCUACAUACUACUGUGGCUCCAAGACGUCAACUACAGCAAACUCCAUCAAACUUUGGGCGUUAUAUAUUUGUACCAUAUGAUGAAAAACAAAUUGUGGGCGAUCAUCUGCAACUGGUGAAUUACCAACAGGUCUGUGAAAAGUACGCACUGGAUCUGUUAUGUCAGGUCAAGGAAACGUGUCAAUAUCAACCGAAUAUGUUAAACAGUACAAAGCCGAGAAUGGUAGUCAUUGACGAUGUAAAGAAAUACAUGAAUGAUCCAGAGUGCGGUCUGAUCAAAAUCAUCCAUGCAAUCUACAAUCUGGAGAUAAGUGAAUCAUUCACUAAAGACGUACAGGAUGUAUUGCGUCUCAACUCUGAUCUGAUAGAGAAUGAUAAGUUACUGAGCAUUCUAACUACUGGGAGAUAUCUAAAAUAUUGUCUUGAUGUGGUGAUGGAGAACACACCAAGGAUGAAGAUGAAGAUUGUAGAAGUUGGAGUUAGGGGAAGUGGCUUGUACAGCAAAGUGAUUCCAAUAUUGAAUUCUUCACAACCAAUGCUACAGCUAAAAUAUAUCUUGAGUAAUCAAUCUGGAGAGAUCAUGUCGUUGAAAGGGGAGGAGUUUGAUGUCACAAUGACAAAAUGGGAUCUUUCUGAAUCACCACCCGGUGAUGUCAAUUCAUUAGAUCUUGUUAUUGCAGAGGGCCUUGCCAGGGUGUCAAACAUUCCCUCAGCUCUGAGUAACAUAUCAUCGGCUUUGAUAGAGGGUGGGUUUCUUCUGAUACAUGAAAGAACCAUAACAUUCAAAGCACCUGCAGUCUUGGAGUUCAUAUCACAAGAUAUGUCUAAUGUCUGUUACUUGGAGCAACAGUAUGAAAUGUUUGUCAGUGAAGACCAAUGGGCGACAGUUUUAGAGUCAGCCAACUUUGAAAUUGUUUCUCAAAAGUCUAAUGGUUUGCAUUCAACACUGUUUCUAUGUCGAAAACGUGUUUCAUUUAAUGAGAAGUCCUUCAUUUUGUCAGUUAAUGGUGCUAACUUUAAAUGGGUAGAUACUUUGAACAAGGCAAUCUCAAAUUAUCAAGGGAAGCCUAUGAAAGAGAAAAUCUGGUUGCUGGUGAAUGGUGCCGUGGAUUCUGGCAUUGUUGGUAUGUUGAACUGUUUAAAGCAGGAACCAGGUGGAAAUAGAAUUAGAUGUAUAUUCAAUGCUAGUCUGGAGAAUGACGCAAAACUACUAGACCUGGGGGACAAAACAUUGAAAAAGAUAAUGCAACAAGACUUAGUGAUGAAUAUUUACCGUGACGGCAAAUGGGGAUCAUUUCACCAUGUGCCAUUCAGCACUUCUACUCAAUCCAGCACCAUCCUGACACCACACGCAUAUGUUAACAUAUUGACACGUGGUGAUCUCAGUUCACUGAAAUGGAUCGCAUCACCUUUGAGAUAUGCAACGUCAGAAUCCCUUGGUCAGAGCAAGGAGAUUUGUAAUGUUUAUUACGCAUCUCUUAAUUUCCGGGACAUCAUGUUAGCCACUGGUAAACUACCUCCUGAUGCUUUACCAGGUAAUGUUGCUUCCCAUGAUUGUGUAUUGGGAAUGGAAUUCUCUGGUCGUAACAGUACAGGCCAGCGUGUGAUGGGACUUGUACCUGCUAAAGCUCUAGCAACCACAGUGAGUGUUGAUAAAGACUUCACCUGGGCUAUACCGCAGUCAUGGACUAUGGAGGAAGCUGCCUCAGUUCCUGUUGUCUAUGCGACUGUAUACUAUGCACUGAUUGUUCGAGGGCAGCUGAGAAAGGGAGAGAGUGUUCUGAUACAAUCUGGAUCAGGUGGUGUUGGACAAGCUGCCAUUUCUGUGGCCCUACAUCAGGGGUGUCAAGUAUUCACAACAGUUG